AUACCUGAUUGUUGAAGAAACAGCAGUCAGGUCACAGACCAGAAGAUAAGCAUGAACUUUAACACAGCUUUGAUUGUUGCCGGAACCAUUCUUCUCACCAUAGGAGGUUCCCUCUGCCAGUUAGAUGAGUGUGGACAGGCUCCCCUCAACAACAAGAUCUUUGGAGGGGAGGCUGCAACAGCAGGGGCUUGGCCGUGGCAAGUCAGCCUUCGUAUCUCCUGUGAUGGGGAACUGUGUUAUUGUGGCGGGAGUCUGAUCAAUAAAGACUGGGUUUUAACGGCAGCUCACUGCUUGCAGGGAUUUGAUACAUCUAAUAUUAAGAUGUACUUCGGGCGCCUGAGAAGAUCAGGCUUAAACCCUCAUGAGACAAACAGGACAGCGAGUCGAAGCAUUGUUCAUCCUUCCUAUAACAGUUCUACCCAUGACAAUGACAUAGGACUGAUCCAGCUCUCCUCCCCAGUGACUUUAACUGAUUAUAUUAGGCCAAUCUGUCUGGCGGCUGCUGGUAGUAACUUUUCUGCAGGUACAGAGACCUGGGUCACUGGCUGGGGCAAGCUACAGUCUGGAGGUCCAUUUCCUGACCUAUUGCAAGAGGUGCAGGUACCAAUUGUGAGCAACAGUGAUUGUAAUAAUGCUUAUGGAGGGCUCAUCACAAACAACAUGAUUUGUGCUGGAUUGAUAAAAGAGGGGGACAAAGGUUCAUGUCAAGGUGACUCCGGAGGUCCAAUGGUCAGUAGGAAUGGCUCCCUGUGGGUUCAGUCCGGCAUUGUGAGUUUUGCUGGAGUCAAAUGUGAUGACCCCAGAUAUCCCGGUGUGUACACCAGAGUCUCUCAUUACCAGGACUGGAUCACCACUAACAUUGCCAGCAACCCUCCUAGAUUUGUCGAGUUCAACAACAAUGGAUUCAGAAGUUCACUUAACCUUUUUUUAUUUUCCAUUUCUCUCACAUUCUCCAUCAUUCCUUUCACCUUCUCCCUCUAUCGCUCUUUCUAAAGAUUGAUUAAACAGAAUUUCUCAGGGUUCUUUGAUGAAGGAAACAGUUGUAAUGUACUUGCUCUCAUAGGUGAAAAGAGUAGUUAUAUUGUUAUUUUGUCCCUUUACUCUUUCUGUUUUAAAAAAUCUUGAAAAGCUGAUGGUAAUGACAUUGAAAAGCAUAGACUAAUGAAGUUGCAUGCUUGCAGCUUGUGAGAUUUAGGAUGUUUGAUCAGCCAAUAUAGAUUUUUUAUAACAAUUAUUUGUAUGUUUAUAUGUCUGAUAAUCAAUAUGCAGAUCCAGUGUAUAGUGUCUGAGGCUUUGCAAUGUGAUCAGGGAAUGUGGUUAUUAAAAAUUAAAUUAUCUUUAAUUACUUUUA